UACGUGUUUCCUCCUUCGUUUCAUGCUAGCUGUUUGAUUCAGUUAGCAAGUGCGCCGGGUCUUUUAAAUUCUCUCGUGUACUUUGUUAUUAAACGGUUAUUGGAACUAGUGUAAAUCAAAAACUUUUUUUUCGGAAGUUUUAUUAAAAUUCAAACAACAAAAUGAACAUACGAAACGCGAGGCCGGAGGACCUUAUGAACAUGCAGCACUGUAACCUGUUGUGUCUCCCAGAAAACUACCAGAUGAAAUACUACUUCUAUCACGGAUUAUCCUGGCCUCAGCUUUCCUAUAUAGCAGAGGACGAAAAUGGUAAAAUUGUUGGAUAUGUGCUGGCAAAAAUGGAAGAGGACCCUGAUGAUGUACCUCAUGGACAUAUUACUUCAUUGGCAGUGAAGCGAUCCCACAGACGUCUCGGUCUGGCCCAGAAGUUGAUGGACCAGGCCAGCCGGGCCAUGAUAGAAAACUUUAACGCUAAAUAUGUCUCACUUCACGUUCGCAAAAGCAACCGAGCGGCUUUACAUCUCUACUCCAACACCCUCAAGUUUCAGAUCAGUGAAGUCGAACCAAAAUAUUAUGCAGAUGGAGAAGAUGCCUACGCCAUGAAGAGAGACCUGGCUCACAUGGCCGAUGAGCUGAGGAAGCCUGGCGUGCGCGUGUCGAGUCAAGAAGCAACAUCUGGCCAGAGCCCAUCAGGCUCCGGCGAACAAGAGAGAGAAAGCGAGAGAGACAGUGGAGGAGAGAGCAAAGAGUUGAGUGAAGUCAGCGAGGCAACAGAAAGCACAGACGUUAAAGAUUCUUCUUCUGACUCACAAUGACGCCGCAGUUCUUGACAUUUUUUAAAGCACCCAUUUUUAUCACAAUUUGCAGCUGUUUCUGACUUUGAAGGCUGGCUAUCUUGACUAUCAAAGCUGCAUCUCUUUAUUUUUUUUUCUCUGCUGUUAUGAACAGAGUUGAGUCAAUGUGUUGUUCAAAUUAAACUAAACUUAUUGGACGAAGCA